UGGGAUGCACCGCUUAUUGUAGCCCCCCCCAGCUUGUUGACAAGCACUUUUUUUUUUUUGCAAUCUCUCAACAGGAAGCUACCAAAAGAUGUCUUCUCCGAGGUUCAAAAAGGAUAAAGAGAUCAUAGCGGACUAUGAGAGUCAAGUGAAAGAGAUCCGGGCACAGUUGGUGGAGCAACAGAAAUGCAUGGACCAGCAGACGGAGAUGAGGGUCCAGCUGCUGCAGGACCUUCAGGAUUUCUUCAGGAAGAAGGCAGAGAUCGAAAUGGAAUAUUCCCGAAACCUGGAAAAACUGGCCGAACGCUUCAUGGCCAAGACUCGCAGCACCAAGGACCACCAGCAGUACAAAAAAGACCAGAACCUGUUGUCCCCCGUCAACUGCUGGUACCUGCUCCUGAACCAGGUGAGGAGGGAGAGCAAGGACCACGCCACCCUGAGUGACAUCUACCUCAACAACGUCAUCAUGAGGUUCAUGCAGGUCAGCGAGGACUCCACGCGACUACUGAAGAAGAGCAAGGAAAUCGCAUUUCAGCUGCAGGAAGACUUAAUGAAGGUCCUUAACGAGCUAUACACAGUGAUGAAGACCUACCACAUGUACCACUCGGAGAGCAUUAGCGCUGAGAGCAAACUCAAGGAGGCGGAGAAGCAGGAGGAGAAGCAGAUGGGAAGAGGAGAUCCGGUUUUCAGCAUCCGGAUGGAAGACCAUACCAAAUACCAGAAACGCAACUCCGUGAAGAAGAUGGAGAAGAUGAAGGAGAAGCGACAAGCUAAGUACUCGGAGAACAAGAUGAAGUCCAUCAAAGCGCGGAACGAGUACCUCCUCACCCUGGAAGCGACCAACUCGUCUGUCUUCAAGUACUACAUCCACGACUUGUCCGAUCUCAUCGACUGCUGUGAUUUAGGGUACCACGCCAGUUUGAACCGAGCCUUACGGACGUACCUGUCGGCCGAAUACAACCUGGAGACGUCUCGCCACGAAGGUCUCGACAUCAUCGAAAACGCCGUGGACAGCCUGGACCCACGAAGCGACAGACAACGCUUCAUGGAGAUGUUCCCGACCGCGUUCUGCCCGCCUGCAAAGUUCGAGUUCCAGUCUCACAUGGGAGAUGAGGUGUGUCAGAUUUCGGUGCAGCCUCCCGUGAACGGGGAACUCGUACUGAGGUUCCAGCAGCUGCAGUCUCGCCUCGCGACUCUGAAGAUCGAAAACGAGGAGGUGAAAAAGACCUCGGAGGCCACCCUCACCACCAUCCAGGACAUGGUGACCAUCGAGGACUACGACGUGUCCGAGUGCUUCCACCACAGCAGAUCCACGGAGUCGGUGCGGUCCGCCGUGUCGGAGACGUACCUCAGCAAACCCAGCCUGGCCAAGAGGAGGGCCAACCAACAGGAGACGGAACAGUUCUACUUCAUGAAAUUCCGUGAGUUCUUGGAGGGCAGCAACCUGAUCUCCAAACUGCAGGCCAAACAUGAUUUGCUGAAGAGGACACUUGGCGAAGGCCACCGAGCCGACUACAUGACCACAAGACACCCCAACGGCGUGUUCAAAACCCACACUGGCCCCCGCCGGGCUCGACCCCGCUCUGUUUUUAAUGUUCGGUUAUUUAACGGGAAUAUGGAGUCGUACAUCAAGGACUCGGGCCAAGCGAUUCCUCGUGUGGUUGAAAGCUGCGUUCGCUACAUAAACCUGUACGGCCUCCAACAUCAGGGAAUAUUCCGAGUGUCUGGAUCCCAGCUGGAAGUCAAUGACAUCAAGAACUCAUUCGAGAGAGGCAAUGACCCUCUGACGGAUGAUGAGAGCAACCACGACAUCAACUCGGUGGCCGGGGUUCUUAAACUGUACUUCCGAGGUCUGGAGAACCCGCUUUUCCCAAAAGAGAGGUUCAAUGACCUCCUCUCCUGCAUCCGAAUGGACAACCUCUACGAGAGAGCUUUGUACAUCCGAAAGAUCCUCCUGACCAUUCCCAGAUCAGUCCUCGUCGUGAUGCGCUACCUCUUUGCAUUCCUCAACCACCUGUCGCAGUACAGCGACGAGAACAUGAUGGACCCGUACAACUUGGCCAUUUGCUUUGGCCCCACACUCAUGCCCACGCCGGAGAGUCAGGACCAGGUCUCCUGUCAGGCCCACGUCAACGAGAUCAUCAAGACCAUCAUCAUCCACCAGGAGACCAUCUUCCCUGACGCCAAAGAGCUGGAUGGGCCCGUCUAUGAAAAGUGCAUGGCGGGAGGAGACUAUUGUGAGAGUCCCUACAGUGAGCAUGGAGCCCUGGAGGAAGUUGACAACGAGGGGGGAGCAGAGACGCACACCAGUGAGGAUGAGGGCGAGCCGAUUGAAGCCAUCGCCAAGUUUGAUUACGUCGGGCGCUCUUCCAGGGAGUUGUCCUUCAAGAAGGGCGCCUCGCUGCUGCUGUAUCAGCGGGCGUCGGAAGACUGGUGGGAGGGGCGGCACAACGGCAUCGAUGGCCUGGUGCCACACCAGUAUAUCGUGGUCCAAGACAUAGAUGACAACUUCUCAGACACUCUGAGUCAGAAGGCCGACAGCGAGGCCGGCAGCGGCCAUGCCGGAGAGGAGAAAUGCUCGGGAAAAGACAUCAGUUCGAUGCCUGACGCCAGGAUCUCUGAGGCCUUCAUCACCAGCAGGCACAGAAAAAGGUCCGAGCCGCCAUCACGCCGCCCUCCCGCCCGCCCCAGCGAUGUCCACUGCAAGGUCCAUCCGUCCCAGCAGGGUCACACUACACACGGAGGCACCCCCGAAACGGGCUCGCCAGUCCUGGGCCACUUCAGUCCGCGUGACAUGCUACGGAGUCGCAACCACUUGCCCGUGGAUAGCCCGGAGCGCCGGCGCCGCACCGGUCACGGCAGUCUCACCAACAUCAGUCGCCACGAGUCCCUGAAGAAAACGGAAAGCCCGCCCAUCCGCCGCUCCACCUCGUCGGGCCAGUACACGGGCUUUAGCGACCACCACCACCACCACCAUCACCAUCACCACCACGGUGGCAAGACGCUGGACCCGGAGACCAUCGCACAGGACAUAGAAGAAACCAUGAACACGGCUCUGAACGAGCUUCGUGAGCUGGAGCGCCAGAGUUCGUCCAAGCACGCCCCCGACGUGGUGCUCGACACCCUGGAGCAGCGUCAAACCCCCACGCCGGCCAGCUCCAGCGAGUCCCUCGGCGCUCCUAUCCACGGCGUGGUGCUGAGGUCCGCCGCCAACACCGAGCCGCCGUUCCGCCGCAGCGCCAGCGAUUCCAUGAGCACCUUCAAACCGGCGGCGACGGUGACGUCGGUGACGCCUCGCAUGGGAGUUCAGCUCAAGCCGCCCGCUUUGAGACCCAAACCCGUGCUCGUGCCCAAGUCCGGCCAGAUACCGCACCAGUCUGCUGUCACUCAGGAUCCGUUGGACAAAUCCUGCACCAUGUAAACCUUGGAAUGGAAGCAACUUCCGCGGACGCCGUAGUGGAAUUAUCGUUCAUCGGUAACCAAAUCACAAAUGCUUCCCGUAACGCAUAGUAGUACUACCUGAAAUACACGCCAAUACACGUGCAUGUACCACGUUUACCACUGAGGCCCCAAAUCGGGGUGACCUGAUUCGCCGGCUGCUCCGAUGAACAUCGAACAUCUUCGCCAUCGUGAAGCUGCUGUGACCACAACCGGCUCGGAGAAAAACCACCCACUCGGAGAAAAACCACUACUUCAUGAUAGCGGCAUGAUACUUUUUACAUGUACAUCCUGAAGUAAAUAUGAAAUACUGUAUUCGCACGUUUGCGGAACGCCGUGUAGUUUAGUUGGCACCAUUUAGCCUCUCCAAAAAGAUGGACCGUGAUAUUCCAUGCUGGGAUUAGAAUGGAUGAGAAAAACCGGGAAAACGAGGGUUCUCACGUGCCUUUGAGCAAGCACGUGAGUUCCAUUUGCGUGUCCAUUUGUGUAUUUAAAUCUCUGCAGGUUGUUUUUUUUGGAAAUUUUCAUCCUAACGCUACGACGAUUGGACUGGAUUUGCAAGGUUUACGCGCGCGUGUGUACUCGUCAAAAGCUGCGUAGAUUUCUCAAUGACUAACUUGUUAUUUUUAUUUUAAAAAAUGCCAUGAGUUGUUUCUCGAAUUCAAUAAUGAUUCUCAUAUUCUUUAUUGAAUUCAAGGAAUAACUCAUGGCAAAACAGGAAGGUGACUAAAAAACACAAUGUGGCAACGAGAUCAAGACCUUCCUCUUUAAUACCACCUUCAUAUUUUGCCAUGAGUUGUUUCUCAAAUUCAAUAAUGUUUCUCAUAUUCUUGAUUGAAUUCAAGGAAUAACAGGAAGGUUACAAAAAAACACAAUGUGGCAGCGAGAUCAAGACUUUAAUACCACCUUCCUGUUUUGCCAUGAGUUAUUUCUCAAAUUCAAUAAUGU